AAAAAUCUUAUCUGAUCAAGAACAGUAGAACACCAUCGACCAACGCCAUCGUCAUCGGCCAUCGUCACACAAGUGACAAACAACACUGUCGUGUCAACACAGAAUUGAAGUCUUUCUUCAAGCCCGAGAGUUUUUAUUCUUUUCACGCCUCAUUUUGUCUCCGUCAGCAGCCAUUUCCAUCUCUUUGUUUAUUUUUACCCUAAAUCCCAUCGCAAGUCGCAUCCUCAGGGUAUAAAUACAUACAGGACCAUUUCUGGUUUACUGAUGUUAUCUUGAUUGUUCUUUCCUUCCUUCUCCAAGUGUAAUUCUCUAUGCAGUUGCUACAUCCAAAGGGAGGAGAUGCAACAACCAUCUUCUAUUCCGUUAAAUCACUCGAAUUCCCUCUCCCUCCAAAACUGUGCAGACUCCACAGUUUAAACAUCAAGACCCUGAAUCCUUUAUGCAAUGGAAUACGACAUGAAAACUGUUAUGCUAACAGAGUAAAGUGCUUAUCAAAUGCAAUUAACAAGUCGUCAAUUUCAGAGAGCCAAAUCGAUCCUACAACAGGCGAGGAGCUUUCACCUGAGCUCUCCAACAGGUAUAUACGUUGGCUAUGUGAGGAAGGAAACACCGAUAAAGCAAUGGACUUUCUUUCUCAGAUGGAAGCCGUAGGUUUUCGUUUGAGUUAUGCUUCUUACACUUGUCUGUUAACAGCACUUGCAAGUGCAGGCAGGACUUUGGAAGCAGAGGCAGUUUUUCAAGAUAUGGUAAGCUCAGGGUUUCAGCCAAGGCAAAAAGUGUAUAAUAUUUUGCUCAAAGGGUUUUUGAGAAGAGGUCUUUUGAACGCUGCAGAUAGGGUUAUGGAGUCCAUGAAUGAUCUCGGUGUGUGGAAGAAUCGAGAAACAUACGAGAUUCUUCUUGGUUAUUAUGUGGGUGCUGGACGGUUAAAUGAUUCGUGGGAAGCUGUAGCCAAAAUGAAGAAGGAUGGGUUUGAACCGAAUUCGUUUGUGUACAGUAGGAUUAUUGAACUUUACAGGGAUAAUGGGAUGUGGAAGAAAGCUACAAAUCUAGUAGCAGAGAUCAGGGAAAACGGAGUUGUUCUUGACAAGAAGAUUUUCAAUAGUGUCAUUGACACUUUUGGGAAAUCUGGCGAAUUGGAAGAUGCACUCCAAGUGUUUGAUGAAAUGCAGCAAGAAGGGGUUACACCAGAUAUCACCACAUGGAAUUCUUUGAUCCGGUGGCAUUGCAAGCAUGGUGAUCUCACGAAUGCGCUUGUGCUGUUUGAUAAAAUGCAAGCACAAGGGUUGUAUCCUGAUCCGAGCAUCUUCGUUACCAUCAUUAGUCGCUUAGGAGAACAGGGGAAGUGGGAUGUAAUCGAGAAAACCUUUGAGAACUUGAAAAAUGGAGGUCAUCGACAAAGCGAGCUCAUUUAUGCAGUUUUGGUUGAUAUUUAUGGGCAAUAUGGGAAUUUUGAAGAUGCAGAAGAGUGCAUAAAUGCAUUAAAACUGGAAGGAGUUCCUCUAUCAGCUAGAGUUUUUUGUGUGCUCGCAAACGCCUAUGCCCAACAGGGUUUGUGUGAGCAAACUGUUAAAGUUCUUCAGUUGAUGGAGCGUGAAGGAAUCGAACCAAACCUUAUUAUGCUCAAUGUUUUGAUUAAUGCAUUUGGCAUUGCUGGAAGACACUUAGAGGCGCUCGCGGUGUAUCAGCACAUAAAAGAAAGUGGUGCAACUCCAGAUGUGGUUACCUACACUACACUUAUGAAAGCUUUGAUAAGAGCAAAGGAGUUUGACAAGGUACCUGUAGUGUAUAGGGAUAUGGAGGCUAGUGGCUGUUCACCAGACAGGAAAGCCAGAGAAUUGCUGCAAAAUGCGAUGAUGGUUCUUCAACGUAGGCGUUAGUUAGAUCAACUAGAUUGCGAAAUUAUAUGGUUCGGGUAAAAAGGCAUUUUUUUUAGUACAGGUUAGGCUGGGUUGGGUUGACCCGGAAUACUUUUAUGUCCCAAUAUUUUGUUGUUUUAUAAAUAAUUUGGUUAUCAAAUUUGAUUGUGAAAUUAUAUGUUUAACCCGUUUUCUUUUAAGCUCAAA